CUCGGUGGAGGUCUUUCACUCAAAAGGCUUGUUGUGAUGCGUAUCCCCGUAGAUACCAGCACCAGCCGCCGCUUCACACCGCCCUCCACCGCGCUGAGCCCGGGGAAGAUGACCGAGACGCUGCCGCUGCCCGGCGCCGAGCACAGCGGCGCCCUGGCGGGGAAGCUGCGCAGCGCCGACCGCAGCAUGGUGGAGGUCCUGGCCGACCACCCCGGGGAGCUGGUGCGCACCGACAGCCCCAACUUCCUCUGCUCCGUGCUGCCCACGCACUGGCGCUGCAACAAGACGCUGCCCAUUGCCUUCAAGGUGGUGGCCUUAGGAGAUGUGCCCGAUGGGACACUGGUAACAGUAAUGGCUGGGAACGAUGAAAACUACUCUGCAGAACUCAGAAAUGCAACAGCUGCCAUGAAAAACCAAGUUGCAAGGUUCAAUGACCUCAGAUUUGUGGGUAGAAGUGGAAGAGGGAAAAGUUUCACGCUGACUAUCACAGUCUUCACAAAUCCACCCCAAGUAGCCACCUACCACAGAGCCAUCAAGAUAACAGUGGAUGGACCUCGUGAACCCAGAAGACAUCGUCAGAAAAUAGAUGAGCAGACAAAGCCCGGGAGCUUGUCCUUUUCAGAGCGCCUGAGUGAACUGGAGCAGUUGCGUCGUACGGCCAUGAGGGUCAGCCCACAUCACCCAGCCCCCACACCUAACCCACGAGCUUCCUUGAACCACACCACUGCUUUUAACCCUCAGCCUCAGAGUCAGAUUCAGGACACAAGGCAAGUACAGCCAUCUCCACCAUGGUCCUACGACCAGUCCUACCAGUACUUGGGCUCCAUUGCAACGCCUUCGGUGCAUCCUGCCACUCCAAUAUCCCCUGGGCGGGCUAGCAGUAUGACAUCCCUCACUGCAGAGCUUUCAAGCCGCCUAUCAAGUGCUUCAGACUUGACUGCAUUCAGUGACCCCAGGGUAGGAAUUGAUCGCUCGUUCUCCACGCUUCCCUCAAUUUCUGAUCCUCGGAUGCACUACCCAGGAGCAUUCACCUACACUCCAACGCCAGUCAGUUCAGGGAUAGGAAUCGGCAUGUCUGCCAUGUCCACAGCCACAAGAUACCACACGUAUCUCCCACCUCCAUAUCCUGGUUCAUCUCAGGCCCAGGGCAGCCCUUUCCAGACCAGCUCGCCUUCUUACCACCUCUAUUAUGGGACCUCUGCCGGGUCGUAUCAGUUCUCCAUGAUCUCUGGGGGAGAUCGGUCCCCGCCACGUAUCCACCCGCCUUGCACCAAUGCGUCCACGGGAUCGACUCUCCUCAACCCUAAUCUUCCAAACCAAACCGAUGUGGUUGAGGCAGAAGGGAGCCACAGCAACUCCCCUACUAACAUGGGUACCACAGCAAGGCUAGAGGAAGCGGUAUGGCGACCAUAUUGAAUGAAUUUUAAGAAGUUAUGGGCCAGGACCAAUAUGCUUUCUAUUUAUCAAUGCCCAUAGGUAUCCCAUAAACACCUGUCUUGCUUGUGGGACCUGUCAUGUUUAUACAUCACUUUCAGAAGAAAACUAUCCAGAAGUCAGGGCUUCCAGGAAUGAUGCACGUAUUAGCCAGUCAGCUGUGUGAUCAGGGAAGUAACGUCAUUCCCACAAAGUAUCCCUCGCAGAGGGCUGAACUUCUGGAAAGGAGGACAUUGAAGUUGGUGGUCUAUAGGGAGUGAGGAUGGGUAGACAGAUACCCAGUGUUCAGGCCUAUGGCUUCCAAACGUCCCUGGGUUUGAAGGUCUCCACAGCCCUAAAGAGAGUUUCAGUUCACUUCUAUUUUUAAGAUGUAAAACCUAACAAAAUCUUAGUGAGUUUACUGCAUCUUAUGGACAUAUAACUGUAAGGAAGUAUAGGAAGAUUCUCAGAGGGAAACUGUGAACGCUUCUGUUUUAGCAAUGCUGUGAAUGAGAGGUUUUAUAUGUUGGACUUUAUUCUUUCUUUUUUUUUUUUUAACCAUGUCAUGUAUUCCAAAGAGUACGGAAUUUUUUUAUUGUUUUUUUUUUGGGGGAGGGGGGUUAGGAUGCAACUCAUCCUGCUUUGCAUCUAAGUUGUUUUUUAUUUCUCUUGGCACCUUAUAAAUUGCAAAAAAAAAAAAAAGAUUUAACUUUUUUUUUUUAAUCAUGCUUGCUUCUUUCUUGCUUUGUCAACUGAAAGAAUCAGCCCCUUUUCAAUGAGGUAAUUUAACUUUUU